AUGCCACAGCACAAUUACGUUGAAGAGGCAAUUAAAGAGUCUGGAAGAAGAGAAGACUACGUUGUCAGAAAAGAGAAACACGAGGCCAGAGCAGGAAAGAGGCUGUCCAAGAUGGCGAAGCAGCUGUACGGCCGAAAAGCACUCAUUUUCAACGAAAAGAGAAGAAAAGAGAAGAUACAGCUGAAGAAAGAGAAGAUGCAGACCGAGAGAAAGCAGAAGAAAGUGGCAGAAGAAGAGAUCGCAGACGGUGCCAUCCCUGCAUACCUGCUGGACAGAGAAAAGCAGUCAGCCAUCCAGGCGAUCACCACGCAGCUGAAAGAGCAGAGACAGAACAAAGCAGGAAAAUACAAUGUGCCUGUUCCGCAGGUGAGGGGAAUCUCUGAGGCAGAAGCCUUCAAGGUCAUGAAAAGCGGGAAAAGACAGAAAAACGAGUGGAAGAGAGUGGUCACUAAGCCCUGCUUCGUGGGAGAUGGAUUCACAAGAAAGCCGCCAAAGUUUGAGAGGUUUAUAAGGCCCACAGGGCUGCGCAUGAAGUCUGCGAACAUCACGCACCCUGAAAUGAAGGCUACUUUCCUCCUUCCCAUCAUGGGGGUGAAGCAGAACCCAAACUCCAGGCUAAUGACAACGCUUGGUCUCCUUACAAAGGGAACAAUCAUCGAAGUCAACACAAGUGCUCUUGGGAUGGUCUCUGAGUCUGGGAGAAUUAUCUGGGGGAAGUAUGCGCAGAUAACAAACAACCCAGAGAAUGAUGGGUGUGUUAACGGAAUACUUUUAGUAUAA